GCGAGCUAGAAAGACGUGUAAAUUAUCCGUACAGCUUAUAUAUAUAAAAUCAUACGUUAAAGUGCGAUUAUAAAGUAUUUUUGCGCAUUAAUAUAGCAUGCACUUGAUGCCAUAUUAACUACAAAAUUUUAAUUUUUAAUAAUAACAUUAUAAAUUAUGUUAAAAGUAAACUUAUCGUGCGUGUGUAUGUGUGAGUGACUCACUAGACAAGCAAAAACUUUCCAGCGAAACAACAAAGUUAAAUAAAAAUAUAAAAAAACAAUAACCGUCUCAAUAAAAAAACCUUUCGCAAUUGUAACAAAUCAAACGCCGUGACUAACUUAAAAUGAGUCAAGUGAGCCUUUUUAAUUUGCCACCUGAGAUCAUCUUUGAAAUAUUUAAGUACAUAAAUGAGAACUGCGAGAGAGAGAGAAAAAAUGUCCCCGACAAAACCAAGUAUGAAGAAUUCAUUAGUUUGGCCGCUUGCAGCGAGCGGCUCCGCGAUAUGCUUGAAACAUGGGAUGAGGAUCUAUAUGACAGGCUUAGACAUGUUUUGUUCCUUAAGAUCAGAACUAGCUACAUCAAUUUCGGACGUUUUCAUACCAACUUAAAGAAUAUGCCAGCAAAGUACAGGGAAACCUUCUGGCGGAAUCUAAGCCACGCCCUCAGGGAAUCACUAUGUACGAAAGUCAAAUUGAUGUACCGUCCCAAAUCAUUCCACAGUGAUCACUUUGAAGCAUUUCACACCGUGAUAGCUCAACUCCAAAACAAGCCAAAUCUGAAAAAGUUAUACAUUGAUGUGCGGGGCUACACCCUAGAGGGUCUGGGAGCACUAAGAAGCCUCGAGGAACUCCGAUUGAAUGUGCGGAUGGAUAUUGAUGAUUUGGUUGAAAUCUGCCGUCUGAACAAAAACUUGAGAGUUUUGUCCUUCAUGAACAAUGAAACGGGAGGAAAGAGGCUGGCCGCGAUCGUCCCUCAUUGCGAAGAGUUGGAAUAUCUCGGCUUCAAAAUGAGACCCGACUGCGAUGCAAGCGAAUACAGGCCUUUGGCUAAGAUUCCCAGACUGAAAUGGUUAGAAAUCAAAGGAGUUCACGAGAAGGGCACUCUUCAGCCUCUUCUGAAGGAAUUGGCCUGCACUCAGAGCAAAUUCUUCAACAGAUUGUACAUAGACGACGCACCAUUGGACCACAAUGAAACGCAGGCAAUGGCCCAGAUCACUACAUUAACGCGAGUGGAGUGUGGAUUUGACGAUCCCCAGAGCAUUGGGCUCUUGUCCCAAUUGACCAAACUCAAAAACUUGAAGAUACUGUCCAAACACGACUCUAGGACAUUAUGCGAGCAAGUUCUGAGAAUUAUAGUGGAGUCAAAGGUGGCAAUGAUUAUUGAGCUAGACCCUUCGACAAUAACAUACGAACCAAGUGGGAAACUUAGAAUUGAAUUGAACAUGGAGUUUGCGAAUGCCUUCGACUACAGUCCCCUUGAGACUCUGCCAGGUUUGUCUUUUCUGGGUCUUGACAGAUCGCGCGAUUCAAUCAUUCAUCCAUUUAAGCCGAUUCUCAAUGGAUUCAGGAACGCACCCACAUUGACGGACUUGUCGUUGAGAGAAAUCACGGCAUGGGAAACCGCAGCAAUAGCUAAAAUCGCAUCCCUGAAGAGGUUGACGUGUGGAUUUUACGAUGAAAGUAACGCUGAGCUCCUAGCGGAGCUACCCGAGCUCGAAGAAUUGACUAUUAUGUCUGCGCAAUCAUACUCAUACCCACAACCCCUCCAGCGCCUCCAGGGCCUCCUGGCUGCUCUGGCCUCGAAGGAGCCGCAGACACUACAAAAGUUGUGUUUGGAAAGACGGAUCAAUGCUGUGGAGGCAAAGGAACUGGCCCGCCUGAGAUCUUUGCGAACUUUGGAAUGUGAUUUCUUCAACCAUCUGGACAUUCAGCUUCUGUCUCAACUAACCGAACUGGAAUAUCUGAAUCUGAAUAGCGUUAAAGAGUUAGACAAUAUAUUGCCUGGUGUCCUUGCAGUUACAGAUUCCUGCACGAAGUUGACUAGAAUUGAGAUAGGCUGUGCUUUAAAGCUGUCCCCUCGUGCCAACUUGGAAUCGGGUGAGAUCCUCGUCAAAAUUUUGGAGGCCUGUCAAGAUAAAAUUGAUCUACUGAUCGGCAAGGGGAGGAUAUCCUUCAAUCGGAAAACAAAUAAAUUGUACCUUGACAUGGAUUUUUUUGGACACAAAAGACUCGCGAUAGAAUCCUUAGCCCGCCUUGAAUCUGUAACCCAUAUGGAUCUAGAAAAGCGUAGUGGUGGGUCCCUGAGAGAACUCCUUGCCGCCCUAGCAAUGAGAUAUAAUUCCAAUCUACAGAGUCUGAACAUACCACACCAAUGUCUCGACUUUGGUGACACUAUGGAAUUGGCCAGGAUUCCUUCGUUGAACAAUUUUAGAGGCAGGAUACAUGAAGAAAGUUUGCGGCAUUUACUCCAUUUAAGCAAUUUCCAAGUUUUAAAAGUUCUGAGACACAAUUCCAGGUUUAUCCCCUACGAAAUAACGUUCGAUCAGUCCACUGGGAAACUGACUGUUUCUCCAUUAAAUGUCUAUUUAGGGGAUGACUUAUCCAACGGCAUUGAACUGAAUCCCCUAGCUGGCCUGCAGAAUUUGCGGAAGGUUUUUAUUGCUGGAGUCUUCGAAGAUGGCUCCAUGCGCGAUUUCUUGAGACAGCUGGCCGCGUGUCAAGGCGAGACUCUGCAGGAACUGAGAGUGGACAGGCGCUAUGAAAUGAGCAAUGAAGAGCUGAGGGAAGUGAGUCGAAUGAAGUCCCUCCGAACCCUCGUCUGCAGUGUAUCCCAUGUUCAGGAUAUAGAAAUAGAACAGCUGGCUCAUCUUCCCCAUCUGGCAGUGCUGGUUGUUGGUUCCCAUCGAGCGGGCUCCCUGAAGAACCUUCUUGGGAGUCUUGCCGCCAGCAAGUGCCCCACACUGGUACAUCUGGCUGUAAGGGGCGCAGGUCUCACCCCCCAAGAGGUGACCGAAGUGUCAGCUAUAGGUUCCUUGAAGGGACUCGAGUGCGCGUUCUGCAGCACAGAGGGCCUGGAUGUACUGUCACAGCGAAACUGCAUCGAGCAUCUGGGCAUAACAACUAGGGAAGGUGAAACCUCUCUGGUUGAUCUGCUCACUGCUUUUGCAUCUUCUGGCGAAUCAAAUAUCCAGAAAUUAACUAUCGAUGGUCUGGCAGUCGGUCAGGAAUUAGCUACCGCAAUAAACCUUAUUCUUCGAAUUCCGAGACUGAAGUCCUUGAAGCUCCCAAUCAAAGAUACCCAGGGCAUUGAGCGAUUGGCCGAGUCUUUGCACCUCGAAGAUCUGACAAUAUCCUGUUUCCCCAAAAGGGGUUCUCUAGCAGUUCUCUUCCGGGCACUUUCACUGAAGGAUUCCACCAAAUUAAAUAGCUUAUUUAUAGAGCGCACUUUUAUCGACUUUGAGGAGGCUCGUAACCUCGUGCAGGUUGAUUCAAUCACAAGACUAAAGUGUGGCUUCAGAGACUAUGGAAGCUUCUCCCUCUUGGCUAACAUGACUAAUAUUGAGAAUCUGGAAAUCACUUUCCGACCUGGACACCAAUAUAUUUAUGAUAACAUUAUUGUAGAAUGUCGAUAUCUUAAGUGUAUUUAUGUGGGAAAUUUAAGCUUCUUUUCCUACGUCUACUUCAUCAAAUAUUCACUGGAAACUCUAAAAUCAGUGAGAGAUCCCUCAACUCAAGGUCCAUUGGAGAUACGGACUACCGGGUCAUAUGCUAAAAUAUAUGCCAUGAACUCUAUGACUGCCAUUGACAUUGAAACGUACGUUAUUGUCACCAAAUGGAGAGAUUCAGACUGGAACGAUUCCAAGGACGAGCCUGAGAGCGUUGAAGAGAGAGAUAAAGAGAGCGAAUCUGAGAGCGAUGAAGAGAGAGAUAAAGGGACCGAGGAAGAGAGCGAAUCUGAGAGCGAUGAAGAGAGCAAGGAAGAGAGCUAUGGAAAGAUCAUAGGAAUCGAGAUAUUUAGAGACGUAGAAGAGAGCGAUGAAGAGAGAGAUAAAGAGAGCGAAUCUGAGAGCGAUGAAGAGAGAGAUAAAGGGACCGAGGAAGAGAGCGAAUCUGAGAGCGAUGAAGAGAGUGAUAAAGGGACCGAGGAAGAGAGCGAUGAAGAGAUCGAUGAAGAGAGCGAGGAAGAGAGCGAUGGAAAGAUCAUAGGAGUCAUACGAGAUAUUAAGAGACGUAGAAUAGAGUGAUGAAGACAGCGAUGAAGAGAGGAAUCUGAGAGCGAGGAAGAGAGCGUUGAAGAGAGCGAAUCAUACGAGAGAGAGAGAGGAAGAGACGUAGAAGAGAGCGAUUAAGAGAGAGAUAAAGAGAUCUACAAAGAGAGCGAAUCUGAGAGCGAUUAAGGGAGGACUUAUCAUCAAUAUUCAAUGCACAUAAUAAAUAAAUGCAGGCUUGCGGAGCCAAUACACUCGGGAAUAGGCAUUAGAUAUUCCCAUUUGGGAAAUGUUCCCCGAACAGAGAUUUCUUUUGCAUAUACUCACAUAUAAAAUUCAAUAUUUAAUCUUUAUUAUUUACAUGUAUAACGAAUAAAAACAUACGAGUAUGUAUAUACUACUGCC